AUGUCGAAAGCUCAAGAUGAGGCAAAACACGUACAAGAAAAGGUGCUCAAGAAAAGAAAGAAGGCAGCAAAGAAGGCUAAGAAGAUCAAGGAGCAGGCUGAAGCUGAAGGUGGAGAAGCAGCUGAACCAGUUAUCGCAACACCAGAAAAGAAGCAUAAAAAACGUGCGGCUGAAGAACCUGUCGAAGAAGCUGAAGCAGAAGUUUCCGAAAAGCCGAAGAAAAAGAAGAAGAAGGCGAAAAAGGUCGAGGAAGCGAUGGAGGAGUAG